AUGAAUUCAAACAAGGUCUACCGCCUGCCAUGGUCCGUCCUCCUUGUGGUCCUGCUGGCCACUGUCGGCGCCUUCUCCAUCGGUUUGACUUCAGCAGCCCCAGUCUCAUCAGCCUUGGAUCAAUCCCCCAUUGAGCGCACUCUUGAGUCGAUCGAACGCAUUCCCACUUCCAAGCCCGAGUCGAUGGAGGAGAGUGUUGAGCUGACCAAGCGCCGAAUGAUCAAUUCUAACAUUUAUCGGUGGAUUAUGCUUACAAGAACUAAGAAGCGCGAUCUCUCCUCUACCACCACCACUCCUGAAGAAGAGUUCGAGCCCGAGUCCGAAGAUGGUGUUGAUUUGUUCAAGCGCGACCUGUCUUCCACAGCCCCUGAGGAGGAGUCCGAGGAGUACGAGGAGUCCGACGAUUAUGUUGCUCUGUCCAAGCGCCGUAUGAUGAUCGACAGACCCUAUGGCUGGACGCUCGAGGCCGAGUAUGAUUAG